UUUUUUUUGAAAAUUGUAUUGUAGCAGAUUAAUAUAUACUAUAUAUUACAGUUUGUGUUUUUAUUUUCAGCAAAAAGAAAUAACAAUUCAUUGUAAUUAAUUUAAUUUUUUGAUUUUAAGUGAAGUGGCAGAUUUGUAAAUAAGAAAGAAAUGCAAUGGCUAAAUGUGUAAAUAAAAAGAAAUAUUUAAUCUGCUAUCCGUGUUUCCAAACAAUUCUCAUUUAAUCUGCUAUUCAAGUUUCCAAACGACAAAAUCUGUAAAUGAAAAAGAAAUAUAGUAACUAAAUAUGUAAAUAAAAAAAACAAUUAAUCUGCUAUUCUUGUUUCCAAACAACUUUCAUUUAAUUUACUAUCUAAGUUUCCAAACAGUACCAAAAGGUACUUCAGUUUUAAUAAUAUAGAUAUGAAUAUUGAAAAAUAUCCAUACAAUUAUAAUAAAUAUCCAUUAUCUAUAUGUUUAUAUCUUUAAUUAUUUUAUUAAAAACUAUACCACAAAUUAUAUAUAAAAAAUGUUACUAGUCAUCAGUUUGAAUAUAUGAUAUUUUUUAUUUUUACUACAAAUACAGCAAAUAAAUUUACAGUUUUUACCAUAUAGUUUUUACUGUAAAUUUCAUCAAAUUAUAAAACAUAAUGCACCUGAAAAUCAAUAAUACAUAUCACCAAUCAGAAUAAUCAAGUUUUGUGUUAGGUCGAUUACAUCGUGGACUAUAGCAAGUUAGAACAUUGUGUUAGGUCGAUUACAGGGCCGGUUGAGGAGGGGGGACAAGCAGUGCGUCCGCUCCAGGCCCAAGUCCAUGUCUCUCCGUAUAUUAAUAGUUAAAGGGUCUAAUUUUUUAAAAAAAAUCUAUAUUUUUACAUAAAAAAUUAUAAAUAUAAUAAAUAAAAUUGAAAAAGACCCAAAAAUAUUUGAUAUGCAUAUAGUUUUAUUUUCGUCACAAAAUAUACAAAAUAUUACUGAUUAAAUUUUAAAAAUAUUUUAAACAUCUGAAUUUAAAUCUUAGAGAGUAAAUAUAUAUAUUUUUUUGUCUUAGGGUGGAAUCCACAACAAUGUUAAGCCGACCCUGGCCGAUUACAAUAGAUAUAAUUUCUUGUAACUUUCAAUAUAGGACUUUGUUCUAAUCCAUCAUGAUUUAUCUAAUAGAUGCAUUAUGUAAAUUGUAAUUAUGUUCUGAUUUAGCAUAGUCUCAACGUGCUGCGUUGGAUGUUAAAAAGUAAACGUGCUGCGUUGGUUAGGAUAAAGAUGGAAACGACUUACAACAUAAUAUAUAUACAUAUAAUAUAUAAAGAAAUCACGCGUUCGGGAUGUAUAUCUUUUGUUUAUGUAUUGAAAAGAAAGAUUGAAUUAACAAAAGACCCAGCCCUGCUUGAGAAAUUAUAAAUACACUAAAACAGCCAUUCUUUUUGGUGCAUCAACUGGACUGAAAAUGACAACAAUUUCAAGUCUCUUCAAUAUUCUAAGUUGCAGGGACCAUGUGGAGUACUAUGUUCUAGUCGCGAUCGUUAUAUCCUCUGCUUUAUGGUAUUUUUGGCUUUACGCCAAAUCCAAACCUCAGUCUCCUCCCUUGCCUCCAGGACCUUGGGGUCUUCCGAUAGUUGGAAACCUCCCGUUUCUCAAACCAGAGCUUCAUACCUACUUCCAAGGUCUGGCUGAAAAGCACGGUCUCAUUUUCAAACUAUGGUUCGGCUCCAAGCUGGCGAUCGUGGUCACCUCCUCUGAGGUGGCCCGUGAGAUUCUCAGGACCAACGACGUCAUCUUCGCGAACCACGAUGUCCCCGCGGUGGCUCUAGCUAGCUCGUACGGUGGUAUUGAUAUCCCCUGGUCACCAUAUGGACCGAGGUUACGUAUGCUGAGGAAACUAUGUAUUAAUAGGAUACUGAGCAACGCGAGGAUGGAAAAAUCUGUUGACCUACGUCGCGAAGAGACCCGGAGAACGGUUAGGUACUUGGCGGAUCUUGAUCGGGCCGGGUCACCGGUUAACUUGGGAGAACAAAUAUUCUUGAUGAUACUAAAUGUUGUGACGCAGAUGUUGUGGGGCGCUACGGUUCAGAACGAGGACAGGGAGCUUGUUGGAGCCGAGUUCUCGGGAAUAGUUCAAGAGAUGAACGACCUCCUGCUGGUGCCUAAUUUAUCUGACUUCUUCCCGGUGCUGAGCCGGUUUGAUCUUCAGGGUUUGGCUAAGACCAUCCGCAUUAGCGGUUUAAGAGAGGUUCGUGGGCUCGAAAUCUUAGGCCCGUUGGUUUAAAAAAAAAAGAAAAAUUCGAUAGGUUUGAUGAAACGGGCCUUGCGCAUGAACCCGUAAGGGGCGGAUGUUGCCACGCGGCGUACGCUGGUUGGUCAAGCGUUCCGCGUUGACGAGGAGGAAAGUCGGGCCACGUCUUGUUUCUUCUCAUUUUCCCCUUUCUCUGAAAAACUAGGGUUUCACCGUGAGAGGCGACUUAUCGUGCGACGACGAUUCCCGGCGUUUUUCUCGACGUAAUCGACGACGUCCUCUUCUCUCCACCAGCGUAGGUGAGUUCCUUGUAGGUUUAUAGCUUUAUUGGGUCGAUUUUGGGGUGGGAAGCAAUUAUUCGAUUUUGUAAAUUUUUUGGGGGUUUCGAGUUAGGGAUCUAAAUCGUCAUAUGGGUUUCGAUCAAGGGUUGUAGAUCGUGAUUGUUUUUUGUUUUUGGGUUAUUUUUGCAGAGAUUUGAAAUCCAAUUACGGUUUCGUUUUAUGGGUGAGUGAUGGGUUUAUAAAUUGAGUGAUUGGUUUCGUUUUAUGGGUUAAAUGGAGUGAUAGGUUUAUGGUUGCAGAUCGUGAUAGUGGUUUACGAGUAAUUAUUUAACAAAAUCUUGAUUUAUUUGACAGAUGGAUCCGGAAGAAGAUAGAAGACAUUCAAAGAAGCAACAUGAACACAUCAACAUGUUAAGUUUCGUGGCGGAUUCUGAGUACGGUAUUCCUAAAAGGUGUCCGUGUGGUGGGAGACUCAUAAACGAGGUGCGCGGGGAGGAGGACUACGACACUCUUCCUGGGAAGCGGUUCUUCACCUGCAGAAACUACGAGGCUGAUGGGCUCCAUUAUCGUCAGCCUUGGGUGAUAGGUGUGCAGGAGGAGCUCGAGAGGCUAACUAAACGGGUGGAAGAGGCUGAGGAGGUGAUGCUGGGGGUGUCCACUCUUAGUAAACGGUUUGAGAGACUUGAGGAACAGGUUAAUUCACUCAAUGAGGCUGUCUAUGACCUCACUGUGCAGGUCCAUUCCCUCGAGAAGGUCUGCUUCGAUUGACAAUGAAAGGUUAGAGUCAGCUAAACUAUAUCUAGGGUAAUUGUUAUCUGUGGAUUGAAGUAGACGUAGGAGUAGAAGUAGAACAAAAGUAUAACUAUUUGUAGAACUAGAAGUAGACAUAAACUAAACUAGUACGAGAACUAGAAGUACAAGUAGAUAUUAAUUGUUGGUUGGUUGGUUGCUGUGAUUAAUGUUGAAUUGUACUUAGGUUGGUAGAGAUAGUUUAAUUUUCUCUCUUUUGAAACGGAAAAUACCCUGUAUUUUCGCCUGAUUUGAUGUCUAUUGACUGCUCAUUACUAUGUAGUAGUUCUGUAAUGAAUUUUGGUUGGUAUUGUUAGUUAAAUUUUAUCUCUUUCCACACGUAAAAACUUGUUUAAAAACAUAGUAACUCCAGCCUAAAAAUUUACAGAUACAUCUUAACACAAAACCAAAACAAAAACCGGUAACCCUCAAACCAAAACCAGAACACAAAACCCUCAAACAUGGAACCUUUUUCCCUUCACGGUCCCGGGUUUGUUAACCUAUUAGCUUCGCAGAGCAGUAGUCCAAUAGACGUUGACUCUGCUGAGGCUGCAGUUAACUCACCCGGGUUAGUUAAACCACCGGAAAGGAGAAAGUGGACAACCAAAGAAGACCUUGUACUGAUCAGUGCUUGGUUAAACACCAGCAAAGAUCCGAUAGUUAGUAAUGAACAGAAGUUAGGGACUUUUUGGAAGAGAAUUGAGGCGUAUUUCAAUUCUAGUCCUCAGCUCAUUGGCUCCCUUCCUCGAGAGUGGGGUCAAUGUAAGCAGAGGUGGGGAAGGGUGAAUGCAGAGGUCUGCAGGUUUGUGGGUUCCCAUGAAACGGCUCUGAAGGAGCAAUCGAGUGGGCAAAGUGAAAAUGAUGUCAUGAAGACUGCGCAUGACAUCUAUUUCAAUGACUACCAUCUCAAGUUUGCGCUUGAACAUUGCUGGAGGGAACUCCGGUUUGAUCAGAAGUGGAGGUCACACUCUCAGCCGAAGGAGAAAAGGAAGGAAGGUGGUGCGGAGGCGGUGCGUGAGGAGGAAGAGGUUAGGCCUCCUGGUGUUAAGGCUAGCAAAGCUGCUAAACGCAAGAAGCCAAAUGAAGCAGCUUAUGAUCAUAUACAUACCAUCCUAGCUGAGAAAAAUACCAUUUCCAGACAAAAGAUCCUUGAUCGUUUGCUAGCCAAAAACAUAGACACACUUUCUGAUAAUGAAGUGGCUCUCAAGAAUAAACUCAUCUCUGAAAUGCUUUGAUGUCUAUUGUGUGUAUUUUCUUGCUUUGCUUGAGUAGUUGAUGUGUAUUUCCUUGCUUUGCUUUACUGAUUAUGUUAGCUUUUCUUCUGCAGGUCACGGGUUGGAGGUGACAGUGUUGCAGGUCACGGGUUGGAAGUUUAGGUUGUUGCAGGUCACGGGUUAUGUUUCUUUCUACACUGCAGGUCAAUCAUGUACUAUGUCUAUGUAUUUUGCUAUUGUUGUAACUCUGAACUUGGUUCACGGAUGUACUGAACUUGAUUCACGGAUGUACUAUGUUGUAACUCUAUGUCUCUCUAUUUAAAUGAUGUCUCUACUCUCUGCUUUUUAAUCAAAGUGAUCUUCUAUUUCUUCUCUUGCUAUUGUUUCUCUUCUGUGUGUUGCUCUUGUUUGUCUUGUUUAUUUCAAAGUGAUCUUCUAUUUCUUCUCUUGCUCACGGAUGUACAACAUACAACAAACUACAACAACUAAAUUCAAACAACAAAAACCUACAACAAACUACAACGUAAAGGCCAAUGACCUGGCUUGUGGCAAUGGAAGCAAUCACCAGUUCGCAUGGCUAACCAAGGAGUGAAGUCCGUGACCAACAAACACACAUACAAGAGCAACUACCUUCAACAACAAACAAGAGCAACUACCUUCAAGAUUGGUAAGAAAAUAUGGUUGUAGAAUAAAAUAUGGAUGAAGAAAAAAUUGGAUUCUUUAAAAAAAUGGUUUAUGAAAAUUAGAAAGAAUUUUAGUUAAAAUAUAAUAUGAUUGAAGUUAAAAAUUGGAUGCUUAAAAAAAUAUGGUUGUAGAAAAUUAUAAAGAUUUUUAGUUAAAAUAUAAUAUGAUUGAAGUACAAAAAUAGGAUUCUUAAAAAAAAAUGGUUUAUGAAAAUUAGAAAUAAUUUUAGUUAAAAUAAAAUAGGAUUGAAGUUAAAAAUUGGAUUCUUAAAAAAAAUGGUUUAUGAUAAUUAGAAAGAUUUUUAGUUAAAAUAAAAUAGGAUUCUUAAAAUAAAAUAUUAAAUUACAAAUCCCCUUUUGUCAUGUUAGGAAGAAAACAUCAACAAUGUCAUCCUCAUCAAGUGAUGAAGUUGAUGAAGCUAUAGAAGAAAUGGUCGACGAAGUAGUUGAUAAUUACAUCGACUCAAUAGUUGAGGUCCAAGGUAAGAAGCCAAAAAGACGUGCUUAUAUCGACAGAGAUCGGGAACAAGGACACAAUCAACUAUGGAACGAUUAUUUCAAAGAAAAUCCUACAUACCCACCGGAAAUGUUUAGGAGGCGUUUUCGAAUGAACAAGCCAUUGUUCCUUCGCAUUGUCGAACGUAUAAGUAAUGAAGUUCCAUACUUUCAGCAAAGACGAAAUGCUCACGGGAGGAACGGGCUAUCUGCACUUCAAAAGUGUACGGCAGCUAUACGUAUGCUGGCAUAUGGUCAAUCGGGAGAUACAUAUGACGAAUAUCUCCGACUCGGUGACAGUACAUCACGUUUGUGUUUGGCAAAUUUCACGGAUGCAAUAAUAGAAUUGUUUGGAAAUGAGUAUCUACGAAAACCUACAGCCGAGGAUCUUCAACGCUUACUCGAUGUUGGAGAGGUACGGGGGUUUCCGGGGAUGAUAGGCAGCAUCGACUGCAUGCAUUGGGAGUGGAAAAACUGCCCAACGGCUUGGAAAGGUCAGUUCACACGUGGUUCAGGAAAGCCGACAAUUGUCUUAGAAGCCGUGGCAUCACAAGAUCUUUGGAUAUGGCACGCAUUUUUCGGCUUACCAGGUAACCUCAACGAUAUCAAUGUUCUUGAUCGGUCCCCUGUUUUUGAUGACAUCUUACAUGGUCGAGCACCAAAAGUUAAGUUCAAGGUCAACAACCACACUUAUCGUAUGGCCUACUAUCUUACUGACGGAAUUUAUCCAAACUGGUCAACAUUUAUCCAAUCCAUCCCACUUCCUCAAGGUCCUAAAGCCGAGAAAUUUGCAGAAAAGCAAGAAUCCGCCAGAAAAGAUGUCGAACGGGCUUUUGGAGUAUUGCAAUCGAGGUUUGCAAUUGUUAAAAACCCAGCUCUCCAAUGGGACAAGGAGAAGAUAGGAAAGAUCAUGAGAACUUGUGUCAUAUUGCACAAUAUGAUAGUAGAGAACGAACGACACGGAUACGCUCAAAUUGAUACUUCUGAGUUCGAGUCCGGAGAAUCAAGCAGAACUUCGAGGGUGACAAGGAGAGAAAGCAUUCAUGUCGGUGAUAUGUUAGGCAUGCGCAGAGAAGUUCGAGAUCCAGAGAAGCAUGCUCGUUUGAAAGCUGAUUUGAUGGAAAAUAUAUGGCAAAAGUUCGGUGAUGAAGAUGAAUAAAUAAGUUAUGUAUGUUAGAAAAAUUUCUCUUUUAUGUAAUGUACUUUUAAUGUAUUGAAUAAAAUGUUUUCAUAAUUUUAAUAAUAUGUUUUAAUAUUUUAUUCAUCUUUUCUGAAUAUUUUAAAUUUUUUUAAAAAAAAUUAAUAUUAUUAUUUUAUUCCUAUGAAUUCCUUCAUCGGGUUCACUAAUGCAGAAAACAGCAUAUCCAAGUUCAUAACUGUUUAUGGGCCCACGAAAAAAUAAUAAAAAAUGUUGGUGAACCCCAAAGAGGGGUUCACCAAUGCUCAUGCUCUAAGCGUAUGGGAGGACUGGCUGAGAGGAUGGACCGGCUGUUUGACCGGGUCAUUAAUCAACGGCUGGGGAUGGGUAAGGGAAGUGAAGGGAAGGGUGAGGAUUUUUUGGAGGUCUUACUAAAAAUAAAGGAUGAAAAUGAUGAGAAGACAAAUCUUAACAUGAACGAUGUCAAGGCGUUGCUUAUGGUACGUAAAACAUUUAUCUCUAAUAUGGAGAGUGUUAGACAAUAAUUUUUUUGUUAAAAUGGUUUGUUUACUUUAUAAUUGGAAUAAUAUUGAUGAUCUUCAAAAUAUAGUUACGGGUCAGGAUUUAUUAUUUACGAAUUGAAUUUAAGACCUUACAAGUUUAUGGUUAACAACUUGGAGCUAUGGGUUUAGAUUUGACAAAUUUCUUAAUUUUAAAAUAUACAGCUUUGUUUUAGUUAUCAAAUAAAUUUCAAGAUGUUUUCAUAAUUAAAUGUCUCAAUUGUAUCUUAAAGGACAUGGUGCUCGGUGGUACGGAUACAUCAGUACAUGUCAUAGAGUUCGCGAUGGCUGAGAUAUUAAACUACCCAGAGAUCAUGAAGAGAGCUCAACAAGAACUUGACGAAGUUGUGGGCAAAGACAAAAUAGUUGAAGAAUCUCACAUCCCUAAACUUCCAUACAUUCUUGCUAUUAUGAAAGAAACUCUCAGGCUUCACUCGGUUGCUCCACUCCUUAAUCCUCACCGCCCAUCUCAAACCACCGUGGUGAGCGGCUUCACUAUCCCUAAAGAUUCAAAGAUCUUCAUUAACGUGUGGGCGAUCCAUAUAUAGGAAUCCAGAUGUAUGGGAGAACCCACUUGAGUUCGAUCCCAGCCGGUUUCUUGACCAAUCUUAUGACUUCAAUGGAAAUGAUUUCAACUAUAUUCCGUUUGGAUCUGGUCGUCGAAUAUGUGUGGGGAUGGCAAUGGGCGAGAGAGUUGUUCUCUAUAAUAUAGCUACGUUGUUGCAUUCUUUUGACUGGAUACUUCCUCAAGGAGAGAGUUUAAAGAUCGAGGAGAAGUCUGGGAUCACCUUGAAGCUGAAGAAUCCACUUGUUACGACCCCCGCGCUGAGGUUGGCUGAUCCAAAUCUUUAUCUCUAGGGUCUUACUCUUACACAAGCGAAGAAAUGAGUAUACGUGUUGUGUGAACUAAUAAAGCCAAACAUGUUAAAGGGCUUUCGCAUGUUGACAAAGUUUGUUUUUCAUCUUUUUAGUUUCCUUCGUUGGUUUUAUUUCCUGAUUGGGUAACCUAUUUUCUUUUCAAAGCCCUACUUAUGUUGCGUGUUUUUAUUUUGAACAAAACUUGGAUUCACCCCUGUGGUGAAUUCUCUAAUUCACCUCAACUCUUAGCACCAAUCAUUCUGCCAUGUAAGAUUAACGAAAAAAGGAAAUAAAAUCAAAAACAAAAAAAAAGGAAACAGGUGAAAAAAAAGCCGUCGCCGUUAACAAUGAAGAGAACAAGUGUUUUCUUAACGCCGUCCAUCCGCUCCUUCUUCCUCUCCUGCAGAGAAAAGAGAAAGCUUUGUUUGUCAAGUUGGAGUCUCCAAUUUCGAUUUUACCUUCUCAAAUACACUUUAUAAACUGCGCCAAGUCCACCUUCUCCAAGUUUAUUGUCGAUUGAAAAUUGACUUGUGGCAUCUUGUAACGUAGUGAAAUCAUAUCUCAUGUAAUUUGUGCUAAUGUCUUCAUUUGUAUGUCAAGAAAAAAAAACUCCAUGUUAACAAGAAGUCAUGUAUGUAUGAAAAAAAAGUCACAGCAGAUAUGAAAGAAACAGAGACAGCAAGACAUAACAGAGUGAAUAACAAAAUGUUAAUAAAGAAAAAUAAACAAAACGGAGGAAACAGAGCAGAAGAAUAAUAUCUUCUAUUCUUAACUUACCUUCAAGGUUUCGUUCUUCGUUAUAUGUCCUCUUCAUAUUUUCCUCUUCCUCUAGGAAAAUGACUGAGAAUAUGAUAAAUAAGACACCAACAGCAGCUAAAACAGCCGCAAAGAUCAAAGCUUUUGGUACACCUAUUUUUCUAUCCCCUGAGAAAGAAAAAAAUCAGAAUGGUUUCCUCUGUUACGUAAAAUGAUUAAAUUCGUCUUUACUGUAACAAACUUUCAUCUCCUCAUUUGGUAUACUACAACACAUGCUCAACAGUCUGAUUUGAAAUGCUAGAGCUCAAAUUCAUAACAAGUGACAUACCUUGUGCGACACUUCUCGCCUCAUUCCCCCGGGGUAGCAGGCAUGAGCUUGGCUCAUUAGUGGUGUCCACUGGAUCAUAGAAUCUCCCUGGAGUAUAAGCCACCAUGCAGGUAGGAGAACACAUAACUACCCAUUUCAUAUCCAACAGCUCGUAAUCUUUGCAAUACCCUGUGACAAACAAUACGAGCAAUCAUGUUCCGAUAUAUCCACCGUGCACUGGACCAUACCGUACAAUGUCUGAAACGAUGUCCAGCUCGUUUCUCCCACAACAAAGUUCUUCAUUCUCCUACCAGUCACGGAUGCUUUGCCUUUAAGCCCUUCUAGUAAACCCCUUAAUGAUUUCUCCCAACCGUCGCGAUCUCCAGGGAAGUAUUCUUGUCCCGGAUGAUAGAGAAGAGAUGAGACAGUCGAGGUUGACGGCUUAUGGGGUGUUAACCGUGAAGUCACCUGUGACGUUUGAGCAAAUUUGUUUUAAUGGCACCUGUUGUGACUCAACGGUGUGGCAUUGGAACUUGUAAUGUAUUCAAUAUAUUCUCUCGAAUAUAUUCUUAAAAUAUAGAGUUGCAAGUUCAUGAGAACUCACUGAUGCAAGUGUCAUGAUCUAUGAUGUAGAUAGGUCACCGCUACAGACUUGUAAUGUAUUUUUAAAAUACAGAUUUGCAAGUUCUUUGUUGUA